UGCACAUGAAACGAACCAAAUAUAUGCUCCUUAAUUCUUUAUUGUGGAACGGCAAGGCCCUGUUAUGGAUUCUAUAGAUUGCUUGGUUCGCUUCAUUUAUGAGUCGAACGACUCCAGGAAAUCCACUCAGACUUACAAAGACUAUUUUCCGCUUUCAUUCAUCAAUGAAUCCAAGGUGCUACUUGGAAACCCUUAAUAUUGGGUGAUCGGCAGUGGUCCAUCGCUAGUUUUACAAUCCUUUUUGUCUAACUUUGCCAUAGUGAUAUCAUUUUUCAUUCGCAGGCUAUUCUUUGUAUACCUCUUCAUUCUGUGCAUUAAAGCAAAAUGUAUGAAAUGGGUCUUAUUUCAACCGGCGCACUGAUAAUGAAAAAAUGUUUUUCUUUUGUUGGCUUGCCUUAUCCCUCCCUCAAAUAAAUCACCGUCGUUCCUUUUAGCUGAUGCCAUGACAGGCAAGGCAGCUACGCUAAUCAAGCCAUAUCUUAAAAAACUUGUAUUGCAAGUUCAUCCCGACUUUUUUCACCAUGACGCCGUAAAAAAAGCCACCAAUGCGCAAUCCUUGCAGCGAUUGUAUGGUGCCUUGAAUCCUAUCCUGAAACCGACUUCAGCCUCCCCAUCCAAACAAGACGCAUGUCGCCUGGAAUUCUACAGCAAGUCUAAAAAACACGUUAAAGGCGAUUUCAAUGCUUCACUGUCCGAGUGGUUAACUGUGCGAUCGUUCUUUAAUCUAUGCCACGAGAUUGGUGUCGACAUUCUGCCUUCAGACAAGGAUAUCGUGGAAUCUAUGGUUGCUCAGUCCACCAAGACCAAGAAACAAAAAAGCCUGUCCGAGGAGUUUGCAGAAGCGCUGUAUCAACAGUCAGGUGUUCCCACGGAGUGGACGGCUAAACAUAUCCUGCAAAACCGCCUUCUCAUGUUUGAUCCCGCCGUGGAUCAGCAUACAGUGGCUGAACGACUCAGCCAAUGGCUUCCCGAGUUGAAACCGCACUUGUGGUGGAAUAAAUUGCCGGUAUUAUUUAUUGCUUCUCGUGAUACAUUACCGCCGAGCCCGCUUACGAAGGGCGUUCUCGUGUUUACGGCCGAUAUGCAAUGCGCAGACAUGGCGCAGUAUCUGAAAACAAAUCUUAGCAACAAACAACAAGAAUAUCAACAGAUGAUGCACAACCCAAAGCGCAGACAAACACACUGAAAUUUCAACAUCAACCGUUCGUUCAUUGUUGGUCAUUCAUCGCCCCCACCGCCAUUUUGUUAAUAUAAAGGUCCCCCUUUUUUUUCCUUCCUCGACUCGACUUUUCU